AUGGCGAUUCACUACCUGAUUCUGCUCUCGAGGCAGGGCAAAGUUCGGCUUGCGAAAUGGUUCACUACGCUGUCCCCAAGGGAAAAGGCCAAGAUCGUGAAGGAUGUUUCGCAGCUCGUCCUUGCGAGGAGGACUCGCAUGUGCAAUUUCCUCGAAUAUAAAGAUACGAAAAUCGUUUACCGUCGAUACGCUUCCCUUUUCUUCAUCGCCGGUUGCUCCUCGGAAGACAACGAGCUCAUAACACUCGAAAUUAUCCACCGAUAUGUCGAGCAAAUGGACAAGUACUACGGAAACGUGUGCGAGCUUGAUAUCAUCUUCUCGUUCACGAAAGCCUACUAUAUUCUAGACGAGCUAUUACUUGCGGGAGAGCUUCAGGAGAGCAGCAAAAGAAUGUACUCCGUUGCAUAUCCCAACAGGAUUCCUUGGAGGACAUGGAGGUCGAGGAUGAGGUUACCAAGAUCAUGUAGUAGGCGGGAAACCGAUCUCCGAGCCUCGCUUUGA